ACCAUGGAGAGAGCUUGCUGUAGAAAAUUAUUUUUUAAUUCGAUAUUGUUACAUUAGUUCAGUGAAUAUUGGGUUUUAACUACGUUCAUUAAAAAAAGCAAGAUUGGUUUUCAAUAAGGCUAAGAUGAGAGUACGUCACAUUGUCCGCUUCGGACAAAAAACGAGAAUUAAUAUAUUUUUCUAACUUAUUGUUUUUUCAACAUUUCAGGAUGAAUGGAGGAAUGGAGCAUAAAACUCCAGGGCACAAUGCUGUGCUUCAUAAAGCACCUAAAAACUAUAAGUUGCUCAUGGACCCAUUUCUUAUGAAAGGAGCAACAAAAUUGUAUAGAUAUGAUGGAACUGUCCCUGGAGACACCACAUAUCCACCUGUACAGUGUCGAGAUCCUCGCUCCCAGCUUUCAAGGAUAUGGAACAGAUUAGAUCCAGCUGAUUUACCUGUUCCAAGGUUUAAAAUAGACAAAAAUUAUGUUGGAACACCUCCCCAACUUGAAGUUACUCUAGCCAAUUUAAAUGACAAUAUUGACAAAGCGUUUCUCUCUGACAUGAUGAACAAAGUUGGGCCUUACGAAGAAUUAACUAUAUUUUACCACCCUGUCACAAACAGGCAUCUGGGAUUUGCUAGAAUUGUCUUCCAAGAUGUUAAAUAUUCUAAGAUAUGCAUUGAGAAGUAUAAUGGAAAAUCAGUUAUGGGUCAGGUAUUGGAUGUAUUCCACGAUCCGUUUGGCAAGCGAUGCCAGGAGAUGUUUGAGGACAAGACGAUGGAGAAAAAGCCUCAGCCAUUACCAGUGCAGCCCCCACUCGAGGAUGCGAGGAUAGCGAAGGUCGACCCGGCACUAAGCAAGCGGUUAGAAGAUACCAAGCUUACAGACAAGGUUGACCACAUGAAAGACUCAUUCCCCCGGAAAGAGACGGAGCAUAGCGAUAGCAACCAGCGGUGGUCCGACGAUGAAAGGCACGAACAUCGGCAUCGGCACCGCAGCAGGGCGAGCGGGACAGGGAUAGAGACCGCGAUAGGGACCGAGACAGGGACAGAGAUAGACACCGAGACCGCUACUCUCGCAGUACCAGUGAGGCAACUGAUAGUUCGUAUGCGGCAUCGAGUCACGCCGCUACUGACGUCAGCUUCACUCCUGCACCGCAGGCUUACGAUCCUUACUACCAGCAAGGCUACGGGUACGGGUACGGCGCGGGCGCCACGCCCGGCGGCUCGGGCAUGUGGUGGGGCGACUGGCGCCACGCGCACGCGCACCAGCACCCACACAAUAGCAUUGUUGCUGAAAGGCGGUGGCGGCGGCGGGCUGGCCCCUCCGUUUCUGUCGCUCGGCAUAUCCUCGGAGGAAGAAGACGACCAUCUCCCGCCUGUGCCUGACCUCGAUGCACCUCAACCGCCAUCUGAUGACGAAGGUUCCGGCAGUGAAGACCGAGGGAGCAUAGUUUCGUUUAACCAGAACAAGGAGCUCGAACCGGAACCUCUCUCCACGACACCUUCACCUUUCCUGCAAAGGGACUUCUACCUCGAAUGCCUCAAGUCUACCAUCGAAAAGAGAGCAAGAGAAGCAGAGCGUAAAAAGUUCCCAGCGAUGGACAAGAUCGGUUCGGACAUCUCAUCGUCAGAGGACGAGCUGCUGACUGGCGAGGAGCCGCGGCGCUCGCCCGCCGCGCCGCCGAACCAGGACAACUUGGACGACGACCAGAUGUCGCUGUCAUCGCUAUCAUCGACGGAGGCGAAGAUCGAGGAGCAAGUCCCCGCGGAGGCGUACUUCUACCCCGCGGCGCCCGCGCAGCCGCAGUACUACCAGCCGCCCAUGUGGCCGCCCACAGCUUACCCUCCGCCCGGUUAUGCGGGUGACCUGGCGUUGCCGUACGGUGCGCCGUUUGCAGGCCCGCCACUGUUAGCGCAGCCCUACCAGCCCUUUGUAGACCAAGCGCCCGCACAGCAAGAGCUGGACAACCCAUACUUCCCCACAAUAAACUCCGUGAUCGAGCGAGUCACCACAGAACUGAAGGCGAUCCUCAAGAAGGACUUCAACAAGAAGAUGAUCGAGAGCACCGCCUUCAAGAACUUCGAGCAGUGGUGGGACGAGCAGAGCAGGAAGACCAGGCAGGCGCCGAAGAAGGAGGAUGCCGCGCAACCGUUACAAGAUAUCUCAAACAAGAAGGAAGACACGCUAGACUCAAUAAAGUCCUUGAUGGAGUCACGUGACAUCGCACUGGAACUGGGCGGGUACACGGCGGGCAUCGGACUUGGAUUACGCGCCGCUAUUCCUAAGAUGCCGAGCUUUCGGCGGAAAAGAAAGAUACCCUCGCCUGUUGUUAUGGAUGAGGACUCCUCCAAGAGGUUGAGCGACCAGGAGGAGAUGGUGCAGAACUCGGACGAAGAGAAAGAACUACCUGCAAGUCCAAGAACACGCACGCAAGGGUCGUACCUGUCGCGCAGACGGAGGCAAUCUAGCAGUUCUUCCAGGUCCUCAUCAUCAUCUUCGUCUCGGUCGUCAUCAUCAUCAGCAUCGGAGGCAGAGCCGGAGACGAAAGGACCGGCACCGCGCCUUUACUCUGAUAGCGAUGACGACUCCGAUCUCGAUGAAGCGGAGGUUAACUUCAAGGUUGUGUCGAACAAGGAGCGGCUACGGAGGGUUUACUCUUCCUCGUCGGACAGCGAGGAAGAGAAGCAGAGGAGACGAGAAAAAACGCCCAUACCCGACGUGCAAGCGGACGACGAGCGGCUCGGCUCUCCAAUAUUAUCCCCCGAAGAGGAACCGCGCGACACGCUGCUCGACCGGGUCUACUCCGACUCCGAGGAAGAACGCGAGUACCAGGAGAAGCGACGUCGGAACACGGAGUACAUGGAAGAGAUCGAGCGCGAGUUCCUCGAGGAGCAGCGCAAGAACAUGGAGACGGACCAGCGGCCGCCGGACAAACCGCCCGACGCCAGCAAACCCGAAUCCGAAGACCGCACCAGCCCAAUCAAGAACCACCGCAAAACGCCGGAAAAGAAACCAGAAAUCGAAGACGGCGAGAUCACCUCCGAGGAGGAAAACUUACAGGCGCGGCGGAAACGGGAGCGGAAGGAGAGAAAGGGAAAGAAGAUGCAGAAGCGCGAGCGCGAGAGGGAGACGGAUCGAGUCGAGCGGGUGGAGAGGGAGCGAGUGGAGAGGCUGUCCGACAGCAAUACGGAGUCGGCGGUCAGCGUCAACGGGGUUAAAGAGGCCCUGUCGUCGCCCUCAUCGUCGCCAGUGUCGCAAGCGUCGCAGGCGUCGCAAGCGUCGCAGGUGGCGCUCGACCACUCCUACUGCCGCCCGCCGCCCGACCUCGAGCACACCAACAACCAUCUGCAACACGAUCAUGGGUACACGUGGAUGGCGGAGCCGGAGGCGUCGUCGCCGCCGCUCGAGGCCGCCAAGCCGACGAAGAAGGAGACCAAGAGGCCCUACAAGAGAAAACACGAGACCAAGAAGCUGGCCGAAAUACAAAACAAACUGGAUACUCGGGAAGAUUUGUCACAUGCUGUGGUAUCUGACGUGACGUUCAAGCCACGAGACAUAAUGGCGGAGAUGCAGGUCAUGUACGAGUUCCUCACGCGGGGCAUCGACCGCGAGGACGUGCAGUACCUCAAGCGGGCCUACGAGGCAUUGCUGGCAGAAGACGCGCAAGGCUACUGGCUGAACGACACGCACUGGGUAGACCACCCGCCCACCGACGUGUGCUACAGCCCGCCCAAGAAGAAGUCCAAGAGACAUAACAACAUCUACGAAGAUCUACAGGGCCACUCGUCGGGCUCGGCGCGCACGGAGGGCUACUACAAGAUGGACGCGCGGCUCAAGGCCAAAUACAAGUACCACCACGGGCUCGCCGCGCCGCUGCCGCCCGACGACAAGAAGGCCAGCAAGAUGCAGACGCAGAGCCGCGAGGCGCGCUCCAACCAGCGCCGUCUGCUCACCGCCUUCGGUAACUACUCUAGCAAGCAGGCCAGCAAGAUGCAGACGCAGAGCCGCGAGGCGCGCUCCAACCAGCGCCGUCUGCUCACCGCCUUCGGUAACUACUCUAGCAAGCAGGCCAGCAAGAUGCAGACGCAGAGCCGCGAGGCGCGCUCCAACCAGCGCCGUCUGCUCACCGCCUUCGGUAACUACUCUAGCAAGCAGGCCAGCAAGAUGCAGACGCAGAGCCGCGAGGCGCGCUCCAACCAGCGCCGUCUGCUCACCGCCUUCGGUAACUACUCUAGCAAGCAGGCCAGCAAGAUGCAGACGCAGAGCCGCGAGGCGCGCUCCAACCAGCGCCGUCUGCUCACCGCCUUCGGUAACUACUCUAGCAAGCAGGCCAGCAAGAUGCAGACGCAGAGCCGCGAGGCGCGCUCCAACCAGCGCCGUCUGCUCACCGCCUUCGGUAACUACUCUAGCAAGCAGGCCAGCAAGAUGCAGACGCAGAGCCGCGAGGCGCGCUCCAACCAGCGCCGUCUGCUCACCGCCUUCGGUAACUACUCUAGCAAGCAGGCCAGCAAGAUGCAGACGCAGAGCCGCGAGGCGCGCUCCAACCAGCGCCGUCUGCUCACCGCCUUCGGUAACUACUCUAGCAAGCAGGCCAGCAAGAUGCAGACGCAGAGCCGCGAGGCGCGCUCCAACCAGCGCCGCCUGCUCACCGCCUUCGGUAACUACUCUAGCAAGCAGGCCAGCAAGAUGCAGACGCAGAGCCGCGAGGCGCGCUCCAACCAGCGCCGUCUGCUCACCGCCUUCGGUAACUACUCUAGCAAGCAGGCCAGCAAGAUGCAGACGCAGAGCCGCGAGGCGCGCUCCAACCAGCGCCGUCUGCUCACCGCCUUCGGUAACUACUCUAGCAAGCAGGCCAGCAAGAUGCAGACGCAGAGCCGCGAGGCGCGCUCCAACCAGCGCCGUCUGCUCACCGCCUUCGGUAACUACUCUAGCAAGCAGGCCAGCAAGAUGCAGACGCAGAGCCGCGAGGCGCGCUCCAACCAGCGCCGUCUGCUCACCGCCUUCGGUAACUACUCUAGCAAGCAGGCCAGCAAGAUGCAGACGCAGAGCCGCGAGGCGCGCUCCAACCAGCGCCGUCUGCUCACCGCCUUCGGUAACUACUCUAGCAAGCAGGCCAGCAAGAUGCAGACGCAGAGCCGCGAGGCGCGCUCCAACCAGCGCCGUCUGCUCACCGCCUUCGGUAACUACUCUAGCAAGCAGGCCAGCAAGAUGCAGACGCAGAGCCGCGAGGCGCGCUCCAACCAGCGCCGCCUGCUCACCGCCUUCGGUAACUACUCUAGCAAGCAGGCCAGCAAGAUGCAGACGCAGAGCCGCGAGGCGCGCUCCAACCAGCGCCGUCUGCUCACCGCCUUCGGUAACUACUCUAGCAAGCAGGCCAGCAAGAUGCAGACGCAGAGCCGCGAGGCGCGCUCCAACCAGCGCCGUCUGCUCACCGCCUUCGGUAACUACUCUAGCAAGCAGGCCAGCAAGAUGCAGACGCAGAGCCGCGAGGCGCGCUCCAACCAGCGCCGUCUGCUCACCGCCUUCGGUAACUACUCUAGCAAGCAGGCCAGCAAGAUGCAGACGCAGAGCCGCGAGGCGCGCUCCAACCAGCGCCGUCUGCUCACCGCCUUCGGUAACUACUCUAGCAAGCAGGCCAGCAAGAUGCAGACGCAGAGCCGCGAGGCGCGCUCCAACCAGCGCCGUCUGCUCACCGCCUUCGGUAACUACUCUAGCAAGCAGGCCAGCAAGAUGCAGACGCAGAGCCGCGAGGCGCGCUCCAACCAGCGCCGUCUGCUCACCGCCUUCGGUACGGAUACGGAUUCGGAUCUAUUGAAGUUCAACCAGCUCAAGUUCAGAAAGAAGCAGCUCAAAUUCGCCAAGUCCGGCAUCCACGACUGGGGAUUGUUCGCGCAGGAGCCCAUAGCGGCGGACGAGAUGGUGAUCGAGUACGUGGGGCAGAUGAUCCGGCCCAUCGUGGCCGACGUGCGCGAGGCGCACUACGAGGCCACCGGCAUCGGCUCCUCCUACCUCUUCCGUAUCGACCUGGACACCAUCAUCGACGCCACGAAAUGUGGCAACCUGGCGCGGUUCAUCAACCACAGCUGCAACCCCAAUUGCUACGCGAAGAUUAUUACGAUAGAGUCUCAAAAGAAGAUCGUCAUCUACUCAAAGCAGCCGAUCGGAGUGGACGAGGAAAUCACGUACGACUACAAGUUCCCGCUCGAAGACGAGAAGAUCCCUUGUCUCUGCGGCGCGCCGCAGUGUCGCGGCUUCCUCAACUAAGAAACGUAGGGAUGGUCUAAGAACAUGGGCUUUGAAAAGAACAUGGGGUUUGCAUAGAUGGCGCCAUCACAGCUUUACCCUGUCUCAAGUUUUGUUCUAUGAAAAUUG